UUUUCCAGGCGCGUCUGCACCGCAUCGAGCUAAAAACACCCCAACUUUUCAGAAUGCCGCAAGCACAUCGCAGGUCAUGUGACAAGAACCUACGCACCUAGCGUUUCCACGUGUUUUAGGCGCGACAUGUGAACCGCCCCCUUAGAAACUAUAACAAACACAAUUGGUGCCGUUUUGAAUUCAUCUCUUCACAGACGCUGCGCACCGGUGCCAGUGAAUAUGAGAAAGUUGAAUUCUUGAAGGAGGCUCAUCUGAUGAGAGAUAUUGCAGCAAGGAACUGUUUGGUUUCAGUAAAAAGCUAUACGGACCCAAACAGAGUCAUUAAAAUAGGCGACUUUGGAUUGGCCCGUGAUGUGUACAAGAAUGACUACUACAGGAAAAAGGGUGAAGGUUUAUUUCCUGUUCGCUGGAUGUCACCAGAAAGUUUAACAGAUGGAAUUUUCAACAAAUACUCGGAUGUCUGGGCGUUUGGUGUACUCCUGUGGGAGAUUAUGACAUUAGGAAAGCUUCCAUAUCCAACAUACACCAACCAUGAAGUCUUAAGCUACAUUAAUGCCGGUGGACGACUGCCUUUACCAACAGGGUGUCCUAAGAGUUUGUACAAUCUGAUGAUGGACUGUUGGAAAAAGGGGCCAAAUGAAAGGCCAAGCUUCCAGGACCUACAGGAAACCCUGCAUAGAUUGCGAGAUUACGAAGCAGAUCAAAUAGGCGAAAAUAUGAUUGCAUGUAAUGUAAACCAAUCAUACCAAGAAGAUGAGGAGGAGGUCUGCACAAGGGUGGAUGAAGAUGAAGAUGUAGAAACAGGACUUUCUCCUGUGCUCAACAACGAUGGACUGAAUUACUUGAUGUAUCGAGCUGACAGUCCAGACAGUAUCAAAACAGACAAAUCCACACGGUCAGAGGACAGAUAAGACUCAUUUUUACAAGACUUUUUUAAGAUGUCAAAUAAAUAUCUGGUGUCCCCAGAAUACGUAUGUGAAGUUUUAGCUCAAAAUACCAUCUAGAUCAUUUAUUAUAACAUGUUAAAAUUGACACUUUGUAGGUGAAAAUGUGCCGUUUUGGGUGUGUCCUUUAAAAUGCAAAUGAGCUGAUCUCGGCACUAAAUGGCAGUGCUGUGGUUGGAUAGUGCAGAUGAAGGGGCGGUAUUACCCUCUUCUGACAUCACAUGGGGAGCCAAAUUUCAAUUAGCUAUUUUUUCACAUGUUUGCAGAGAAUGGUUUACCAAAACUAAGUUACUGGGUUGUUCUUUUUCACAUUUUCUAGGUUGAUAGAAGCACUGGGUACCCAAUUAUAGCACUUAAACAUGGAAAAAGUCAGAUUUUCAUGAUAUGUCCCCUUUAAAAGUAACAUUACGUAUACAUAUCUACUCCAGGAAAUGUUUUGGACUCAGAAUAUAAGUAUUUUACAGUAUUGCAAAUGUUACAGUGUUGUAAAAGUGUUACAAAUUAUUUUAAUUUAAAAAGUGAUUUGUGAGGGUCAGAAUUAUUGUAGCCUACAUUUUGAAAUACUCCUAAAUUUUAAGUCUAGUCUCAUUUUGAAAAAAAAAAGCUAAUUAUCAAAUAUAUAAUCUGCAGAGAAAUAUUACUUAGUUCCCUUGUUGCCAUAAAAUGUAAAAUCGCAACUGUCAUUAUUUUGAAAAGAAAGUUUGUGUCCUCUUGACCGAACAGUAUGAACAAAUUGUGCUCGACUUAAGAGGUCUGAAAAAAAUGAAUUGCUGGGACUCAGGUGGCUAUAUUGAUAUUUAUUAAUCAUUACCAUUUGACAGUAGCAGAAUAAAAGUACAGUUUUGUUCAUUAGAAAUCUUUACAUAUACUCUAAAAGUACUAGUUACAAAAAAUAUUUACUCAAGAAAAUAUAUCAUUUAAAUUUAAUUUAAUACUACCCACCUCUGAUGUCAAGAUGCACAGCUGAUUACCAUACAUGUAUAUUAGGCCUACAUAAAUCUGAA